AUGGCUGUGCAGCACGAGCGUGGUCCUCGGAAACCGAAAUUGCAUCCCCAAUUGCAUCAUCAUCAUCAUCAUGCGGCAGCCGCUGCGGCAGCGGCUCAUCAUGCAGCUCAUGCCCAUCACCAUCAUCAUCAUCAUCACCAUGCCCAUGCCCAUGCGGCGGCUGCCCAUCAUGCAGCUGCGGCGGCGGCAGCAGCAGCCGGACUGCAUCAUCAUCAUGCCCAUGCCGGGCAUUUGCCCGUGUCGCUGGUGACCAAUGUGUCGGCCUCUUUCAAUUACACACAACAUAUAUCCACACAUCCGACUUCGGGCGGUUUUGCUGCUGCAGCCGCUGCUGCUGCAGUGCAUCCACCCAAUCAUCCACAUCCACCGACCCAGACAACGCAACAGCCAGGCGGGCCUGGUCAUGCGUUCCAUCAUCCAAGCCAUGGACAUACGCUGGCGCCGCACAGCACCCUACAAAAUGGUACCAACUCAACGGCAGUAGCCACAGCCGGUGUUGGAGCAGGGGCACCGGGUUCAUCUCUAACAUUUCCCUCACAUCUGCUGCAUCAUAAUCUCAUAGCAGAGGCGGCCAGCAAGCUGCCAGGAAUUACGGCCACGGCGGUGGCUGCAGUGGUUAGCCAUACGUCUGGGAAUCCAUAUGGACCAUCUACUACAACUAAUAACUAUUCCUCACCAUCGCCGAGUAAUUCCAUACAGUCCAUAUCGAGCAUUGGAUCUCGGAGUGGAGGCGGCGGUGGCGAUAUGCAACGACAAGAAGAUCAACUCAGCUUGGGUAGUGAGAGUCCUCGUGUGAAUGUGGAGACAGAAACACCAUCGCCAUCUGCCUCACCACCUCUAAGUGCGGGCAGCAUCUCACCAGCUCCCACGUUGACAGAUUCCCAGAGUUUGGCUCCAUCGUCAACGUCACCGCAUCCGCUGACCCAUCAGACGAUGCGGGAAUCGGCCACAACGCCACCAAGUCAUGCCUCUCUCUUGAUGCACAGCAUUCAGAAUAAGCAGCUAAGCUAUCACUCGGACUCCCCCACACCAACAACACCCACACCGCCCCCACCACAAUUAGCACCGCCGCCAAGUGCCACCACUCGACCAACAGCAACCAGUUCAUGCCACUCUGCCUCCUCCUCGAACGGUUUCCUCGAGCUGCUGCUCAGUCCGGAUAAGUGUCAGGAACUCAUCCAAUAUCAGGUGCAGCAUAACACUCUCCUCUUUCCGCCGGCUUUGCCCCAGCAGCUGGUAGACACAAGGCUCCUGUCCUGGGAAAUGCUGCAGGAGACAACGGCCCGUCUCCUCUUCAUGGCCGUGCGUUGGGUCAAGUGUCUAAUGCCAUUUCAGACGCUCUCCAAGAACGAUCAACAUUUGUUAUUGCAGGAAUCCUGGAAAGAACUCUUUCUGCUCAAUCUGGCGCAAUGGACAAUUCCCUUGGAUCUAACGCCCAUACUGGAAUCUCCGCUAAUCAAAGAACGUGUUCUGCAGGAUGAGGCCACGCAGACGGAGAUGAAGACCAUACAGGAGAUUCUUUGCCGCUUUCGUCAGAUCACUCCAGAUGGCAGUGAGGUGGGCUGCAUGAAGGCCAUUGCUCUGUUCGCGCCCGAGACUGCGGGUCUUUGUGAUGUCCAGCCCGUGGAAAUGCUACAGGAUCAGGCGCAAUGCAUACUCUCCGAUCAUGUGCGACUGCGUUAUCCUCGCCAGGCCACCCGUUUCGGACGUCUGCUCCUGCUAUUGCCCUCACUGCGCACCAUACGAGCUUCCACAAUUGAAGCUCUGUUCUUCAAGGAGACCAUUGGAAAUGUGCCCAUUGCUCGGCUGUUGCGCGAUAUGUACACCAUGGAACCUGCCCAGGUGGACAAAUAG